CACAUCGAAGGUACGAGUGCGACAGUUGUACGCUCUAUGUGCUCAUGAUACCCCCUCACAUCAACUCAACUUACUUGUAACUUUCACUCCAGAAAGUGUAUGCACCUGUCUGUCCGCGCCCUUGCACAGCACAGGUUAUUAUCCCCAUGUAAUUGAGCUUGUGGUAAAGCUCCCCUGGCCAUAACAACAACAAAAACGCGGUGGUUUUCUGUCGAUUUGCUUGCAUCGCCACUUUUCACUUCUUCCCCUUCCAUUCCUUAGUUCGCCCUCCCGUCCCUAAUAUACCAGCGGGAUAGAUUGAGUUCCCUUGGACUCCUGCUGGUUUAUUAUGCUUGGUCUUAUUUCGAGUGUUUGGCUCGUCGCUUUCACGUUCUUUAUCGCCGUUCGGACAUAUACCAUCGAUGACAGCAACUACUCGGUGCUCAAAUUCUCUGAAAACCCAGCUGGACCCGUGUGGGGUCCAUUCGGUUCGGAUACGGGGGAACAGCUCUCGAUCCGUCUUCCUAAUGGAACAAUGAUGGCCAUAAACUCUGCGCAGUGCUAUGAUGGGACGUUUUUUCAUUUACAGGUAUUAACUGGUUCAUGUUCUCUUUUUCGGUGUUCAUUAUACCCUGUUCCAACUCUAGGCUCCGGAAUCACGAUAUAUGUGCUCCAGGCCGGCCCACAAGGCAUGUCCGCGUCGCUAUCCAUCGAUUCUGGGACUGCGACGACUGCAACAUUGGGCGCACCACCUGCACCCCAAUACAAUAUCCCACAAGUGGUCCUUUUUGAUGUUCAAAAUUUAGUCUCUGGCAAUCACACGGCGAUUAUGACAGUCCUGGAUUGGGACGAUGGUUUCAGCGGUAUGAUGUUGGAUUACAUAGACGUUAACGAUGCAGUGGUUGCUGGAACCACGCCGACUACCCCUGUUGCGAAUCAGACACCUACCCCCACCACGACUCAGAGUUCCUCCAACCCCUCAACUACCGUUUCCGUGACUUCACAAUCGUCACAAAGCACGACCACUGCAUCGAACCAGACUUCUUCCACUGCAACACCACCGGCUAUCGUAUCUUCAUUAACCAAUAGCACGUCAACAUCGGCGGCCGUAGGCGCUACGUCCAGCCCUUUGGCUGGAAGUAGUAACUUGUCGACCUCGAGUUCCUCAAAAAUUAAUGUUGGGGCCAUUGCCGGAGGAGCUGCGGCCGGUGCGGUUGGUCUGCUUGCGCUAUGCGCACUCGUCGUUCUCUUUUUCCGCCGUCGAAGAUCGCGGUCGUCCAACGGCAAUACUACACCUCUUCUUCGUCGUCCUGAAUCCAGAUUUUUGGCUGGACCUUUUGUAGAUCCUUUCGCUAGAACCCCAACUGUGCCCGGUGAUGGGUCUAUCCUCACUGUUGCAGCUGGGGAACUGAGUGGGGCGAGUAUCGGGGGUGCUGACGCUGGUACCACACCGGACAUAGGCAGCCAAUCCCCUUCGCUUCCUUCAUCAACUGCUGCACGUUUCAGUCCUCAAGGAGGGAGCGCGGCCCAGAGCAGCGUUCCUGAUAUCAGCUCGGCUCCCGUCGGAGUUAGUCCUCUGCGACAGCUACCCGCUAUACCUAUCUCGCCGGGGGAUUCGCGUGAGGCCAAUCAAGCUGGCGGAACAGGACCCAAUUCACAGUCUAGAAUGCAGCCCGUCCUGACAGACGAACAAGCGGACUUUGUAACCAGUCUAUACCAGAACAACGUCCCAGCACCUGUGGUAGCACGCGUGCUCGAGCGGAUGUUGGCUAACCCGAAUCCAAGUCCGUAUGGCUCUAACCCUGGUGCAGCCGUUGGGCCAUACGAUCCAGAGCUGCGCGCGUACAUGCCUAUGCCAGCAUCAGGUCACAGACGAGUACUCUCAUGGCUAGGCAGUCAAGUCGGCGAUGCAGAGUCGACCGCGCCACCUAGCUACGACCAUGCACAGACACACUCAUGAUGUACAUAUUUCCUUGUAGUGGGACUUUUGUUGUAAUUUGUCAGCUUUCGAGAGACCGCGUGCAUGACUUUCAAAUGGAUGUCUUCCCAGU